UCAAGUCACGAGUGGGUUUCCGCGAGGCGCGGACAUUGGGCCAUUGGGCUGUAGGCACGUCCAUCCCACGAAGGAGGACCCUUCCUUUCUCUUACUUGAGUUUUUUUUCUCUUUCCUCCCCCCUCCUCUUCGCCUCGGUACGGGAGCCGCGCUGGGGGAACCGGCUGGUUACGCAGCGGCCGUGGGGUCUCCACCCGAGAGUAUGGCGGCUGGAUCUGUGCUGAUGGGUGCCGGAGGAGGGGGGGGAGACGCCGAGACACGCCAGCGAUGGUGAAAAGGAAAACAAAGAGACGCAAGUUGCCCAGUCAGUCAGGUGUCGCCUCGAUCGGCGUGAGUUUGGAGAGCUGCUUUUAUUUUUUUCCGGCAGAACUGCGCCCGUGGGAGUUCCCCAGCGGUCCUCCAUGGAGCAACUUUGUUUUUUCCCCCUUUUUCUCUUCAGUGAUGCAUAAAGAGGGGUGAGCCGAGCAGAUGAACCCCCGCGCGUCUGCGUUUUAUCCCCCACUUGUGCGCAUUUCUGGACCGCUGCAGUCCACGGAUGCGCGUCUGGCCUGCAGUGGGGACAUCUCUACAAUGAAAUCCAUCUCGGGGCACCGAGUCUUUGUGCUCUGCCACAGCUGUGCAGCAGACGACUGUUAUUGACAGCCCUGUUUAUAUAUAUAUAUAAAAUAAUAAUAAUGGGACGCGGAUGGUGAGAGAGAGACGCGUGCGUUUUUUGGGUCGGUUUCAAUGACGCGCGGAGAGACUUGAUCCCUUCACGACUCUCGGAUCCUGAUCCCACACGAUGCGCGAGUAUAAAGUGGUGGUGCUGGGCAGCGGCGGGGUCGGGAAGUCCGCCCUCACCGUGCAGUUCGUCACCGGCACGUUCAUCGAGAAGUACGACCCCACCAUCGAGGACUUCUACCGCAAGGAGAUCGAGGUGGACUCGUCUCCGUCGGUGCUGGAGAUCCUGGACACGGCGGGCACGGAGCAGUUCGCCUCCAUGCGGGACCUGUACAUCAAGAACGGCCAGGGCUUCAUCCUGGUCUACAGCCUCGUCAACCAGCAGAGCUUCCAGGACAUCAAGCCCAUGAGGGAUCAGAUCAUCAGAGUGAAAAGGUACGAGAAGGUUCCUGUGAUCCUGGUGGGGAACAAGGUGGACCUUGAAAGCGAGAGGGAGGUGUCGUCCGGCGAGGGCCAGGCGCUGGCCGAGGAGUGGGGCUGCCCGUUCAUGGAGACCUCGGCCAAGAGCAAAACCAUGGUAGACGAACUGUUCGCUGAGAUUGUUCGGCAGAUGGACUACGCCGCCCAGCCGGACAAGGACGAUCCCUGCUGCUCCUCGUGCAAUAUACAAUAGCCCCGGGGGCCUCUGUGAACAGGUGUGGGGGGGGAUUGGGGGAGAAACCUGCUGAGAGGAGCCUCCUUUGACUCACAGAAGACAAACACACACUUAGACACACACACAUGCACAUGCCAAUUAAAGUGAAGAAAAAAGCACGGUUGAACGCAACAGAUUUUAACUCAGAGAUGCAUAAAAGUUGCAGUGACGCGAUAACUCUUAACGUGAGCGAAGCAAACAUCCUUGAAUGAAGAAAACCAGGAGUUUGCCGCUAGAGAAAUUGACAAACAACAAAAAUGGAACAUGCCCUUGCCUUAUGUUGCUCUCUUUUGCAUUUUUUUUCAUUUUUUUAUUAUCUUUUAAGUUAAAAGGAAGUGAAAUCUUGAGCAAAGAAUCACACAUUUGGAUCUUUAUUAUGAUUGAAAUAUAGCUGUCUCUGGUUUUGUUUCCACAUCGAGAUGCAUUCCUUGUCCUGAUGAGCCCAGUGCAGGUAGCUACGGCACAUGAGCCAAGCAAAGCAAGCUGUUUGAGUUGCAAGAUUUAGAUUUUGCGUUUGCGCGGUGAUCCGUGGGAGGCUUUUCUAAUCACAGGGCUGAACCAAAGAGGUGACCCGAAAGCACCUCAAUUUUCUUAUAUUCUCUUCAAAGUAGUCACGGAGAGAAAAAUGGAGAAGUCAGUGUCUUUUCUUGAAACAUUGGUGCCGUCGUCUCGUUCCCAUUUUCUCACUUUGAGAUCAAAAAGCAAAGAUAACAGAGUCUUUAACAUAAUCUGUGGUGUUUUGUUCUCCUCUCCGGGAGAUAAAUGCAUAAAGCUGAUGGGAUGAGGAGCAUUGUCAGUGAAUAUCUUCGACAGAAACGCCUCUCGUAAGCCUUUUCAGGAAUCGGGGGACAUUUAAAGAGAAGAUGCCAACAUUUGUUCCACUUCACAUUGUCAUUUUUCCUCCUCCGGUCUCAACAUGAAAUGUGGCACUCAAGGAUCUCAGCGUCCUGAUGCCUGAGUGUUCAAAUUCAUACUGACGAAUCACAGUGAGGAAGAAGUGAACGGUAGUGUAAAUAUUUUGUACUGAAAGUGCCAGCUCGUAUGAAGACACGCAAGGAAAUGUCGACCGUAUGCAUGGCUAGAAAAACAAGAAAAAAGGACUCACUGUGGGAGAUUAUUAUAGGCUGUGGAAAUGUGCAAAUCAAAAGACAUACGCGUCUGGAUCUGGACACUGUUUAAAAACUGUACAUCUGUGUUGCCACGGGAACCAGACUUUCCCCGUGUGACCAUUUUCAUUGUUGAUUUUCUAUUUUUUUAUGUGGCCAUUUACUCUUUAUCCCUCUAUGAAUGGUGACACUGUUACAUUUGACACCUAAACAAUAAAAGUGCGUUCAACACUCGAGUGCAGCUGCCGGGGCUUCAGUCAGAGCAAAUGAAUGAAUGGAUGCCUUCGCAGAAUGUCGUUGGUGUGCGUUUUAUUUUCUUUCCGCUUCUCUCUUCCACUUCCACAAAGGGGCUUUUAAAGUUUUAAACCCCCUGCUAGCUUUUCUCCAUGAUGUCGAAUACCUUACGUUGCUCUGGGGGGGAAUUAUUCUGCCAGUUUCUGAACUGAAGUCCGCUU